GAUCAAUGAGCUGCUUGACUGGUCGCGCACCGUUCACCAAGGACCGAACAUUGGGCCGGUACAGAUUACGACCUUGAUUACGACUUGUGAGCAGCAGUCGAAGUAUAACCGUUACAGUGCAGGUUGGAUUGCAGUGGGAUGGGACUUUGUGUAGCUCAUAAGGUCUCAGUUGCGGGACUGCAAGGAAGCAAGGGAGCAAGGGUGAGCGCGGGGGUGCAGGAGGGUGAGCAGCGGGGAGAAGGUUUCCGUGCCAGCAACACUGGCGGGAAGGCGAUGGAGUCCCUUGGCUAGGUCUCUCGUGGUAAAGCAAUGCUUUCUGCUAGGUGCUGUUAUCUUGGUUUGGUACGUCAGAGCCUUGGCCCGGAAUGUGAAGGGACUUUGCAUGCGCCCACCAGAAGGUGGUCAAGUUUGAGUGCCAGUUAUUUGCUGCACAGUUGCACGUUUGUUCAGGGCACGCCCACUACCUAGAAUUUUGAACAAAGCAGGGUUUGACGCGUCUCACUCUCUGGCGCACAACGUCCAUCUCGAGCCUAGGAGCCGUCUUUAACAGUCCAGUUUUAGAAGACCAAAUCGAAUUACAAUCGCGCGUUAAAGACUGGGAAGAGCCACUAUGACUCCUCCCUGAGGCUCGGGGACUCUAAACCCGCUGCCUUUUAGCUAGCGCCGCAUCCAUGGCUGAUACACAGCUUCUAUAUGGUGGCCAAGAAAGGCCGCCUUAUGAAAUGUCUGCAGUGGACCGAAUGGAGAAGGAAAAGGAAGCAUUAGAGAAGACGAAGCCUGUGCGGACUCCCAUCAAGUAUUGGUUCCUCGCGGGCGGGUGUUUCUUCUGGAUUGGCGUUUUCCUGGUGGUGUCCUGCAUCGUGCUGGUAGCAGUGGUGCCUCCAGUUUGCGUAUUGCACGGCUGUGGGCAAAACAAAAGCACGUCCACGGACGACGGGGUGAACCGCCUCCUUGUAGACUUCACGACCGUGGGGAAAACGGUCAAAAGUUUAGUGCCGCCCCUGUUGUACGAUUACAUCGAGGAGGCUUUCCUGGGCAGCUCGGGGAUCCAGGUGGUCACCUUUGAGGAUCCAAAGGUGUUAGCAGAGGUGCGGAAGAUCAUCGAGAGCCAGCCGGACCUGGCGAAUCUGCUCCGGGACCUCAAAGGCAGCCAGCCGCCCCCCAACGACCCGUUGGGCGGCCCCAGGCCGCCCGCGCUGCGCCUGCUGCGCUCGCUGCCGGGCUUCACGCGGCGCCUGCUGGACGACUCGGCGCCGCUGAGCGAUGACGACAUAUGGCAGCGCCCCAUCGUGCACACGGCGGACGCCUGGAACAUCACCAAGGGCGUCAGCGAUGUGGUGGUGGCGGUCAUCGACACGGGCUGCGACCUGACCCACCCCGACCUCCAGGGCCAGCUGUGGACCAACCCCGGCGAGAUCCCCGGCAACGGCGUGGACGACGACGGCAAUGGCUACAUCGACGACGUGCACGGCUUCGACUUCGCGGGCAGCUGCGAGAGCGACUGGCGCAGCACCAAGAACACCAACUGCGGCCCGCGGCCCGACCCGCAGGACACACACAGCCACGGCACGCACUGCUCCGGCAUCGUGGCGGCGCUUCGAAACAUCGGCAUUGCGCCGCGUGUCAAGGUCAUGUGCCUCAAGGUGGCCACCCCCAACGGCGCCUUCUACACCUCCCACAUCCUCAAGGCCUACGACUACGCGUACAACAUGGGCGCGCACAUUGCGUCCUGCUCCUUCGGCCCGGCCGAGCCCAACCUGCAGCCCACCCCGCAGGAGGUGGAGGAGAUGUGGAACGAGACCAAGUUCUACAAGACGGCGCUGGACCCCAUGGUCAAGAAGGGCAUGCUGGUGGUGGCGGCGGCGGGCAAUGAGAACACUCCGCUGGAGUCGCUGGACGCGGUCAACUCCACCUACAACCCCUGCUUCAUGGCGCGGUACUUCGCCGACAGCAUGCUGUGCGUCAUGGCCACCAACCCCAACGACUCGCGCUGGUUUGAGAUCGCGGCCAACAAACCCAUCGGCUCCAACUACGGCACUAAGUACGCGGAUAUCGGCGCGCCGGGUCGGCAGAUCUACUCCACCGUGCCCAAGCUGAUUGGCAACGGCUACGCCACUUACGCGUACAAGACGGGCAGCAGCAUGGCCACACCCAUGACGGCGGGUGUGGGCGCGCUGGUGCUGUCCGUCCUGGGCGCAGGCACCGGCAACUACUUCCAGGGCCAGGCGGCGCGCAAGAUCAUCGUGGAGUCUGCGGACCGGCUGGUGGACCUGCCCGUGCGCACCGGCAGCCGCAUCAACGCGCAGAGGGCGGUGCAGCAGGCGCGGGCGGCGCUGAGCGGGCUGGGAAUCCUCAAGCCGCUGACCACCUUCAGCCUGGGCUCCCAGGCCGCGCUCAUGGCCGGCUUCAACGAGACCUACUACGCCGGCAACAUCACACUGGAGGACCAGGACUACAGCCUGCUGCGGGUGGCGGACAGCAGCGCGCGGACGGGCGUGUCGCGCUUUGAGGGCUUCAAGUACGGCGCCGGCUACUCGCUGGUGCUGAGGUCGGCGCUCAACCUCAGCCGCAACGGCGUGUACGCAGUCAAGAUCUCCACCACCGCAUCGCCGUACAACCUGCGCAUCGUGAUCGGCCAGAACAAGCUCCUGGAUUUCAACAAGACCGUGCUGCUGUCGGCGGAGGCAGACGACGGCUGGUACGAGAUGGAGCUCCGCUACAUCGACCCCUCCGCCCCCGUGGACAUCACCAUUGCCGAGCCGGGCGCCGGCGCCUCCCCCGACGACUUCAAGUACCAGCCCAACUUCUUCUACACCGCCUCGCCCGUGGCGCCCCGCCAGCUCUACUACGCGCCCAACAUCGCGCUCUCGUCGGUGUUCCAGGUGCUGACGCGCCCCAACUCCAGCCGCAUCUCCCGCCCCUCCAUCCUGGACGGCCCGGCGCCGCUGCUGCAGCUGGACCAGCCCUACAACUACUCCUCCGUCCUCACAGACCUGGCCUACACCGGCGACGCCGCCAGCGGCGGGCCCACGGGUCUGCGGGACGCGCUGUACGCCACGGCACCCGGCCCGGAGGCGGUGCCGCGCAGUGUGGUGGGCAUGGUGCACACGCGGCUGCGGCCGCCGGAGGUGGCCAUGCGCUUCCGGCUCACGUGCCAGCUGUGCUCGCUGUACGUCAACAGCCUGCAGGUGCUGGACGUGUUCGACCCGCUGUCAGCCGACUCCGACGACCCGCAGCCCGUCACGCGCGACUCGGGCUGCAUGAUCUGGUCCUCCGGGUCACCCGGGUCAUCCGGGUCAUCCGGGUCAUCCGGGUCAUCCGGGUCAUCGGCGUUGUCCACACAUGACCUGAUCAUCCGCUUCGCGCUGCCGGACACCGCCAGCGCCAACGCGCUCCUGUCGCUGACCUGGGUGCCCUGCGCCGCCGGCGCCUCGGCCGUGGGCACCAGCCUCACCACACACGUGGCCAACCCGCUGUUCUGGAGGCCAGACAGCGGCGUCGCGGGCUACGUGCCUGGCCUGCAGUGCGACGUGUGGCCCGACAACGUGGCCCGCGAGCAGCGCACCUACCCCUACGACACCCAGCCCUGGCUCAAGUUCCGCAUGCCCUCCGCGCUGGGCCAGUCCGCCAAGCUGCUGGCGGCGGGCAGCGCCGGCCUGUCCCAGUCCUGGAACAACAACUUCACCAGCACCGGGUGCAGCGCCAAGAACGACGUGCUCAGCAGCGGCUGCAGCACACCCGCCUCCUUCAUCCUGAGGGACAUCUACCAGAGCCUGCCCUCCACGCCCUCCGCGGUGACGGGCCGGCUGACCCAGAACGUGUACAUGCGCUGCUGGACGUUCGUGGACCGCGGCUUCCGCACCGGCGCCAUGCAGGCUCGCAGCAGCAGCGGCAACACCAUCUACGCCUUCAUGGGCAGCCAGGCGAUCUUCCGCGCCGAGGCCGCCACCUCCCUGCGCGGCCCCUACAACAUGGCGUCCGUGUCCGCCAACGUGACCAGCCUGGCGGGCCACUACCAAGUGCUGGCCAUGGAGUGGCGCAACCUGGGCAUUGGCGCGCUGGUGGGCAUCCUGGACGGCGCCAACAGCAGCUUCAACCUCAAUCUGGACGUGCGGCGCACGCGGCUGCCCAUCCCGGUGGUGCGGGCCAGGGCGCCGGUCAGCGUGCUGCUGGCGUCAGGCAGCGCCGCCGCCGCCACGACCAGCCCCAGCCCCAGCCCAAGCCCAAGCCCGGCUGCAAGCACCACCAACAGCACCAGCCCCGCCCCCGCCUCCAACUCGACCGCUGCCUCCAACACCACAAGCCCAAGCCCAAGCACUGCACUGGCGAACGGCACAAGCCCCAGCCCGCUGCCGCCAAGUCCAGCGCCGCCCUCUCCAGACCCGCCCAGCCCGGCCCCGAGCCCCCUGUCCCCCAGCCCGGCGCCGCCCAGCCCAGCGCCACCCAGCCCGGCUCCUCCUAGCCCCGCACCCAGCCCCGCACCGCCCAGCCCCGCACCGCCCAGCCCAGCGCCGCCCAGCCCACCCCCCGCGCCCCCCAGCCCCGCGCCCCCCGGCCCUGCUGCUGGCGGUCGGCGGCUGGCCCAGGCUCGCAGUGCCGGCUACACCCCCACCGCCCUGGGCAGCUCGUCCUGGUCCCUGAGCCAGGUGGGCCCGGCCGGCCUCAUCCGCGCGGCGUUCUACGCGCCCUCGCCCGACAGCCCGCAGGAGUCGCUGCCGGGGCUGAGCGGCAUGCUGCUCAACAACCUCACCGGCAUCAACAUCUCCCGUGUCGUCUCCGCCGCCGCCGGCCUGUCCGGCAAGCUGACCGGCCCCGCCGACGUGGCCGCGGGGCCGCACUACGUGCGCACCGAGGGCUUCCUGCUCAGCCCCACCGCCGCCGCCACCGCCGACGACGGCUCCGCCAUCACCACAGGCGACCAGCCGCUGCAGUCGGUGACGCUGCGCGUGCGCGAUGGUGACGGCCAGGUCGUGUCCAUCAUCAUGGGCGACGUCACGGUGCGCAACGGCGUGGAGUUCCCCGCCCGCACCGUCACGGAGACGGCCACGGAGCUGAUGCUGCCGCCCGGGUACGUGCCGGUGGCGGUCACGCUCAAGGCGGGGGCCACCGCCGCCGCCACCCUGGACGUGGCGAUUGUGGACGUCAACAGCGGGGAAGCGGCGGACGUGGAUGAGUCCAUGUGGUUCGCCAUGAAGGAAACCAGCAGCUAGGUGAGGCCAGGCUGCAGUUGACAGGCCGCAGUUGACAGGCCGCACGUGAGGGAGGCCGCGGCUGAAAGGCCGCUAGGCGCGUGGAGAGGUGGGAAGGACGGGUGGAUUGCAGUUGACCCCCGACUGCGCUGCUAGGGGAGUUGGGGUAUUAGGUCCGCAACAUCCGGCGCCCAGCUUGCGCCGGAGACGGCAGCUGCCGGAGACGACUGCAGCUCAGGAAAUGUGUUGGCGAAGGCUUCAUAUGGAUUUUUAAGGCUAUGGCGAGAAGGGAGGGGCUAGCAUUUUCCGGCGUUGGCUGCACUGCUUACGGUGAGGGACAGAAGCGCAGCAGCCGCCUGAUUUGCAAACGCACGCUGAUUCGUGCUGAGAGGUGCAAUAACGGACUCGGGCUGUGCAAACAGCCCGUCACACUUGGCAGAGGUAGAAUUGUGGAUUCGUGGAGCUGUCUAUCGCGGGGCCUGUGGAUUGGCUGGGUUGGGUCGCAUUGAGUUGCAGGUGUAUGUGUGUGUCUGUGUGCAUGUGCAUGUGGGUGCGCGUACGUGUUGAGUGUGCGUGCGCGUGUGAGCAGACAGCAAUGUCUCAGGUGUUAUCGCAGCCAAAUGGAAGCACAAGGUCUCUGACAUUACUAAAUUAACAGGGAGUCUGCUUACACUAUGCGAGCGUAUUUAUGCGGGGGAGGUUGUCGUAAGGGUGGCAUCGGGUGGCAUACAGUGCCCUCCACGGGUGCGACAUGCCCCCAACACUGUGCAGACAGAGAGGUAGGCGGUACCCCGCCUCCCAAGUCGGUUGUUCGGCAUUGAAGUGUGUGCCGCGCCUUCUUCGCAGCGCUAUUUAGCAGGUCAUUUGUUACCACGGAUGGUAUGCGGAAUGCAAGUGCUUACGCGUGCUGUGCGCGUGCUUGCACCCGGAGUGGGAGAGCGUGUAAACGACACACUGU